CUUCGAAACCAUGUGAAGAAUAACGAUCUCCAGGCAUUUCAUAUUUUCUUCUUAUCAUGGCAACGGCUACCUGCUCGUCGAUCGUCGAUACAGCAUCUACAUUCACAAACUAUGCACGAUUAGGGCUCGCCACUCAAAAUGAGCUCCCAAACAUACUCCGAAAACUCCUACUAAUCAAAGAACCGCCGCAUCUUUUAGAAGCACAUCUGAAUAAUAACAGCUUCUUAUCAAGGAACCUGAGAGCACAUGAAUGGAACAUUAUCACAACUGUUCGUACAAACCAGUAUGAUGAAUUUGAUGUGCCACUUAUGUACAAGAUAAUACGAAAUCUAAAAUUGGUUCCAAUGCCAACACAAGGAUGGGAUAAUCAAACGCCACCAUUAGCAACUGAGAUAACAGUAGGUGAUGAUAUAGAAAGAAUCAGGCGAUUAAGAAAUGAGAUUGUACACAGAGGAAAUACGAAUGUUCAUGACCAUGAACUGGCAAAUUAUUUUUCUUCCUUUAAAGAUAUAGCGAGAAGACUUGAGGUAACCCUCAUGUUGUCGAACAGAGAAUUCGUGUCCAAAAUAGAGAAUGUAGAAACGUGCUGCAUAGACGAAGAUACAGAGCAACACUACAUUAAACGACUGAGAGAGUUAGAAAAAUACGAGACAGAAUUGACAAUGGAUUUUGCAGAGGUUCGCAAAGAUCUUGUUUGUCUACGUUCACAAAUGACUGGUCAAGUUUCGAAACUUCAAUUGAAAAUGUACAAUGUAACAGCAGAACAAGAGGAAGUAAUCCCAAAGCAUAUUCGAGAUCAAAUUGAAAAAGAAAUAGAAAAAUGGAAACAAGAUGAUAUAAAAUUUGUACCUACUAACGCUUCCAAAUUUGUGAUGAGUCGUUUAGAAGACGAAAACUGUGUAACUGUUGUUGGCAGUCCAGGAGUGGGGAAAACAGCUGUUACAAGACAUGUAGCUUUACAGAUGGAAGGGAUGGGAUAUCAGGUCAUUCCUAUAACGGUUCCGACAGAUAUAAGAAACUUUUAUCAGCCUGGGCGUCAAACUGUGUUUGUUAUUGAUGAUAUGUGUGGUAAUUUUACUGCUAAUAAACAGCUGAUUGACAACUGGAAACAGUUACUAGAUGUUGUUGAUAACAUAGUAUUAGAUAAUUGUAAAAUUAUUAUAUCAUGUAGAUCACAAGUAUACAAGGAUAACAAAUUUUGUGUUUUAGCCCAAUUCAGAUCAUGUGAAUGUAAUUUAAUUUCAAAAGAUUUACUGUUAUCAAAGGAUGAGAGAAUACAAAUAGCCAAAGCUCAUUUAGGUAAACAUGGAAAUGAUAUACCAGAAGCUAUGUUGUUGCAAUAUGAUUGUUUCCCUCUGUUAUGCUUUCUGUAUAGUCGACAAGACAACCGGGACAUCCAGAAGUUCUUUAAAAACCCUUUCGUGGUAUAUGAAAAAGAGCUGAGCAGCCUUUGGAAUGAAGGAGAAGUUGGUCAGUGCAAGAUUUGUGGACUAGCACUUUGUGUUAUUUAUAAUAACAAAUUUGAUGAGAAAUACAUGAUAAAUAUGGAACCUGAUGUACGUGUUAUAAUAGAUGACGUGUGUGAAGCAUGUGGAAUUAAUAGAGGAACAUCAGGGAUUAAGAUAAAGGAAGAGCUGGAUACACUCGUAGGUACAUAUCUUAAGAAGGAAAACAAUGUUUAUAUAGCAAUUCAUGAUAAGCUAUUUGAUUUUCUGGUAUAUUUCUAUGGAACAAAGAUGUUAGACUGCCUUAUUAAACAUGCAAUGGUUGAUAUUAUUACCGAACGUUUUCACUGGAACAAGUUACGUGAGAAAGACGAGACAGAUGCAAAUGAGUUUAUAAACAUAAUUCCAGAUGAUAAAUUAACCUUGUAUGUAAACAGACUUAUAUUUGACUGGUCCCAUGGGCAAUUUAUAGAUAUGUUCCAUAAUAAUUACAAUAUGAAAAAUGAACAAUUCAGGGACUUACUCCUUACUCAGUUAUUGCAUCUCGAUAAAGCUGAACAAUCAAAACUUGCCUGCUUAACAAUGAUAAAUGAAAAAGGUCUUGUAUUCGGUUCUUUUGAAGCCUGUUGUUGGGCAGGAUAUGAUAAUAUGUUACCAUGGUUUGUUGAUCAAGGUGUUGACAUAAAUCAAUGUCGUACUACUUCCAUAACUCCACUGGUUUUCGCGUGCAUUGACAAUAAAAUAAAAGUAAUAAAUACAUUAUUAAAUUUUGGGGCAGAUAUUAACAAGCAUAGUUUGCUUGGAGUUACACCUCUUCAUCUGUCAUGUGAGUCCGAGGCCGACCCAGCUGUCAUGGAUUUAUUGCUGAAAAACAAACCUUGCAUGAACAAACGAAUAUAUGAUGGUUCAACUCCAUUACUUCAUGCAUUAUUUGAAAACAACAGAGAAGCAGUAAAACUACUUCUUUUUCAUUCUGCUGAUUGUAAUAUUGGUUUAUAUGAUAGUCAGACAAUGAAAGAUGAAAUAAGGCAAAUCGAUAAAGCAUGGGAUUCUACAAUUGAAGAUGAAUCGAACACAUGGUUGGAAUGGAUUAAAGAGAAUUGUCAAUCUUCCGUUUUUGAUUAUGUUAAUCAAGAACCAAAGACAGUAAUAAACGUUAUAGGUGGUGCUACUCCGCUUCAUCUGAUGUGUUUUACAAACGAUAUUGGUAUGAUAAGACUAUUAUUAGAGAGAGCCACCGACAUCAACAUACGUACGGAAGACGGUUCAACGCCUCUUUUUGUUGCCUGUCUGUUCGGUUUUAUUGAUAUUGCAACUAUACUUCUUGAACACGGCGCUAACAGAGAUAUUUGCAGAAAUGAUGGAACAAGUCCAUUAGAUAUUGCGAAACAAAAUAACGAUAUCGAUAUCAUUUCCUUGUUGGAAAAUCCUAUAUGGAAAUCGACUAACAGCGACAAAAAAAAGACAAAGAAAAAAUGUACUGUAUUGUAA